UUACCACAAAUAUUGAUGACGUAAAGUUUCAAAAUGGCAGCCUCCAUAGCCAACAAAAAUUAGAAAAAAACAAACAACUUUUUCUAUGUCUUUGAGGAAUGGCAUCGCAGUGUAUCAUCACAAUACUUCUAAUUCCUUUUAGCUUGUUAUAUGCUGAGGCAAGAAAUAUUUCCCUGCCGCAAAAAGAUGCAAGAAUAAUUGAUGUGCCAGUGAAUGGUAGCGUUGUCAUACAGCCUGUAGGUCUGUCAGCUGAUGUGGCAUACAUACAGUGUCAGGCUCACACUCAAGCAGGAAAUAUAACUUUGUCCAUGAAGUAUGAAAUAGAGCAUGACACAGCUGUGACUGGGCGGGAUGUAGGUGUUAUAUCAAUGUAUUCUGGUACUUCUGAUAUCAAAUGGUACUUGUAUUCUCACACUGAUACAGAUCUACAGGUUCUUGUGCAUUUGACCUAUUUUUCUGAAAAAGAUCCAUUUGUUGGAGGAUGUAAUGAAGAGUUUAACCUAGAAAAUGAUCCAAACAUUCAUCUGCAUGUUCAUCCAACAAAAACAAAAGUGGAGUUUCAGUGGUCAAAUACAGGUGUGAACCCUGUAACAGGAAAAUAUCCAUCAUGUGAAGACUCUGUUUUCCAAUCAGACAUAGAAUACCAUACAUACGUGAAGUUCAUGGAAGCAGACGACUUUAGUGAAGAUGAAUACUUUAAUGUCAUCAAACAGAUGUUGACAGUGGAAGAUGUCUAUAAACACGGUACUUGGUUAAACAAGUUUUCCAAUACACAAAGUCAUAAAUCUUUUGUGGAUGUGUCAUCGUACAGUCACCGUGGAGUGGUAUAUAACACGAUGGUCAAGUUCAACAAAGAUGAUGUACAUACACGUGCUGUGUACAUCCCUGUAGUCAGCUACAGAUGUGAUAUUGAACAUACUGAUAUAUGCAAACAAAGAGAUGUCACAAGUCUAGUUUUGUCAACUGCAGGAGGUCUUAUUGGUCUUUUCCUAUGCUUCUUUGGUCACAGAUUCUUCAAAACAGAAAACUUUGUGUUUGGUUUCCUGAUUUUUGGACUUAUCUGGUACCAGGUUCUAACCUUGGCAACAUACAUCAGUUUUCUGGGAACACUUGCACUGGCAGCCGUAUUUGGUCUGAUGGGGGGCACCUUAUUGCUAGGAUUGUGGUGGUACCAUGGGAUACCAGUGAUUAAUGUUCUAUUUAUAGGUCUCGUCACUGGGUACCUUGUGUCCAGUGUACUGUUUUAUACCCCAUUUGGGAAUCUCACAUAUUUAGAAACUCCGUUCAACUAUGGAGCAACAUUUGCCUGUGGAGUGCUGGUCAUUCCAGUAAUACUUUUGUUCUUUACAAGAUUUUUGAGUAUAUUCAGCUGUGCAGUUGUUGGGUCCUACACAUUUAUGCUCAUGUUUGACAUGUACAUACAGAGUGCACUACAUGCCAUUGUUCUCAACUCAUUAAGACACGGAACAGAUAGGUCCUACGUCAAAGUUAUUGUCACUGGUCCUUUCACUCACUAUGAAAUUGCAUUGACAGUUGCCUGGCUAGUUCUACUCAUUCUGGGAACAGGUUUUCAGUUGUUUAGAGAGAGAAAGAAAGCUCCAUUUCCACCCUGUCCGCGCCAGCUAAGGGAUAGAGCAAAAGAUAUGCGCCGUCUGCUGCAGUCUCAUUCUAAACAAACCUCUCCUGAAAGAGAGCCUCUUUUAAGGGGAGGUAAUCAUGGGUUAUAUGGUGCUACCCAGAAUGCACCAGUGCAUGUGGAGGAAACAGAAAGCAGCGAAGAGGAAAGUUACAGACCAGGAAUGAUUUGAUCAUGUGAACAGUGAUCUUUAAAGAACAUUUUCCAUUGUACAGAAAAUUGUAUAUGUCAAAAGCAUAGCCAAAGCAAUGCUUGAAAAUAGGAAUUUAUGUAUAAUUGAAUGCUUUUUAAGUUAAGCUUUAAUUUCAAUUCAUAUACAUGUAUAUUACUUCUGCAUAUCAAAAAUGCUUUUCAACUGCUUUAUGGCAGAACUCAUCAAGAGAACAGUAGAAAGAAAUGGGACAGAAAAGAGCACCAAAAGAAGGUCACAUUGAAUACCACUGAUGCAAUUUGAUAGUGGGUGGGGGUGGGGGGUAGGGGGGUGCUCAUGGCUGAGACUGAAUCACUUGCCUCUCACCAGUGUGGUUUCAAAACCUCACUUGAGGUGUAGAAUACUUCAUGUGAGGAACCAUCUAGCUGACUUACAGAAGAUGGGUGCUUCUUCUCAUCUGAAGUUGGAAAAGUUGCCAUACGACCUAAAUUGUGUCCCUGGGACUCUAAAUUCAACAAAAACAAAAAUAUAUCAGGUACCAGUUUUAGAAAUGAUCUUGCAAAGUUUCUGUUUCCAUUUUUAAAGAGAGGUUACAAAGUUUCAUAAUUUGUUAUAUACAUUAUGCAUUGUAUAUUUUCAUUUUCCACAACAUGUUUUACUCUUACUACUACACAGUGAAUGCAUCUUACUUAACUCUCUAAUCAUGUUUCAUGUAACUUUGUUUAUUACUCCCCUACUACCUUCUGAAUGGGACUUAUGGUUUGUCCCUGUCAGUGAUGAGGUUGCUUCAGAAUGUACAAGAUAUUCUUUUUCACAAAACAUGGUAGGUACAUGGCAAAGGGGAAAGUAUGCACAACAAUUUAUUUUGUUGGUGCAUCAAUAUUAGCUGUCACUGUAAAUUGGUAUAUGCAACCUCAGUGUAUCUGUCAUAUUGAAUAAGAUAUCUGUCUGUAGUUACUGAAUGUGACCUUUAUCCUAGUGUCAGCAAAUGCAUCCCAACCUUUAACCUUGGUAUAAGCUAUCUACGUACCAAGUUUUAUUGCAAUAUUUCAUUCCAGUCAAGAAGUAUUUAGCGACAAGCUUUUGCCUAGUUUGAUUAACAGGGACCUUGACCCUGAAAAAAUUCCGAAGUUGGGUCUUUAUAUAAGUUUGCUAUCACCAAGAUUGGUGGCAUUUUGUCCAUCCUAACUAAAGUUAUGGGCCAGAAAUUGUACUCUUUUUUUUUUAAUAUGACCUUGACCCAACUGAAAUAAAUGAUUUUUGUUAUUAAAGCUACUUGCCCAAAUUUUUCAACAUGUUCAUUCCCACAAAGUUUGGCAUAGAAUGUAUAUGAUAUGACACUGAAAAAUGAUAAAGUGGAUGAAAACAGAAAGAGAUUGGUUGAAAAUGCAAGAAGAAUGUAAAUUUUCUGCAUUAUUUCAAAAGUGUUGCAACGGUUUACUACCUUCUGCACAAUAUUUUUGGUUAUUUAUGAGAAUAGCUUGCAAAGUUCUUAUGUCAAUAUGUUUGUACCACUAGUCACUUUCAGAGUACUGACUCUAUAGAUUUUUGAGAGAAAUUAUUUUUCACAUAAUGCGGGUUAGUCUCUUUAAAAAGAAAGAAAUUUCUUUUUUACUGCCACCAGGAUUUGAAAAGAUUCUUAUCUGUUACCAUAUUCUCAACCAUUCAAAUCUCCUUCAUUCCAAAAGGUAGCAUAAGUCCUUUUGGCUACAGUAAAUUUUUAUGCGUAAAAGUGAAAUUCGAAAUUUAGAUUUAACAUGAUUAUUCAAAAUAUAUUUGUGCUAGAGUUAUGGUUCUUAUACACUUCACUUCUUAUCUUAGCUAAAAUAUUGUUGGGUUAUAAUGGAGUAAAUGGGCAGAAAAGGAUAUAUGAAAAACUUGAAAGUUGCAAAAAAUAACUGACGAUAGAUUUAUGGUCAUCACUCAUCACUGCCAUCUACCUAUAUUCCAAGUUUGAAAUCAGUCCCUUUCCUUGUUCAAGUUUAACUCGAGACAAGUGAAGUACAAGGAAAAAUGAAAAUAAGGGAAAACUAAAGAUAACUGAUGCUAGAGUAACGGUUAUUGAGCGCUGCACACAUCAUCAUCAUGUAUUUACAUAUAUUUCAAGUUUGAAGUCAAUCCCUUACAUAGUUUUCAAGUUAUACUCUAAACAAGCAGAGCUGGGAUGGAUGGUUGUUUUAAUUACUAUAUGCCGUAUAAUGAUUGUAGUUACUUACUGUAUGUAUAAUAAAUGUGUUAGCUGUUGCAAUAUUGUCCAAGGUUGUAACACAGUAUGCACGUUUCUUUAACUGACAUCUAUCGUUGUGCAGUUUUUGGGUUUACUUUUGAUAUCUUUUUUUCAGUAAUGUCAGUUUUUAAAUUUUAAUAGUGCAUAAUUUAUGAUAAAUAUUAUACAGUUAUUGCCUUGUAGUGAGAUUAAUAUGCCCGAGUUUAUAAAGGUGAUACUGACCAAGAGAUUAAUAUGCCUGAGUUUAUCAACCCAGGUAAAGUAAUAUUGACCAAGGGCAUAGUCCAAGAUUGAUUUCACUUUUUCCAAGUCAGUAACUCCUCAUAAAGACUGAAUAUAAAAGGCAACAACGACUUUAUUGUUAAAUUGAACAACUAACUUGAAUUUUCAUAUCCAAACAUUUGCAGAUGUUGGUAGGUUUUAUUUCUUGUUACAUGAUAUUUUAGCUUGUGUAUCAUGCUAUUGUGACUUCAUAUGAGUUGCGCCAUGGGAAAACCAACAUAGUGGCUUUGCGACCAGCAUGGAUCCAGAACAGCCUGCGCGUCCACGCAGUCUGGUCAGGAUCCAUGCUGGUCGCUUAAGGUUUCUCUAAUUACAAUAGGCUUUGAAAUCGAACAGCAUGGAUACUGACCAUACUGCGCGGAUGCGCAGGCUGGUCUGGAUCCAUGCUGGUCGCAAAGCCACAAUGUUGGUUUUGUCAUGGUGCGGCUCAUAUUUCUUUUUCAUCUGUGAUAUAUUUCUGUAUUUUAUAAGGGAUUUGCUGUGCUACAGGUAACAUGUAUACAUCCAAUUGUGUUAUUCAAGAACUGAUUAUAAAUAUACAUAAAAUGUGAUAAAACGUAUGCUAUGAAUAAAAAUUUGUACAAAUUAAGAAAUGUUACUAUUAAAAUGUGUAUGAAAAUGAAAAA